CAAGUGGGUCUACAAAAAGAAAGAAGGCAUUCCUAGUGUUGAAGAUGCGAGGUACAAAGCACGUUUAGUAGCGAAGGGGUAUUCACAGGUACAGGGAGUUGAUUUUAAUGAUAUAUUUUCCCCUGUCGUUAAACAUACUUCUAUUCGUGCUUUGUUAGCGCUAGUUGCUAUGCAUGAUUUAGAGUUGGAGCAACUAGAUGUGAAGACCGCUUUCUUGCAUGGUGAGCUUGAGGGGACAAUUUAUAUGCAGCAACCCGAAGGUUUCGAGGUUGAAGGAAAAGAGGAUCAUGUGUGUUUGUUGAAAAGGUCCUUGUAUGGUUUGAAGCAAUCCCCUCGUCAGUGGUACAAGCGGUUUGAUGGGUUUAUGUUUAGCCAUGGCUAUUCUAGAAGCCAAUAUGAUAGCUGUGUGUAUUUUAGGAAGUUGGAAGAUGGCUCAUUUAUCUAUUUGUUGCUUUAUGUUGAUGAUAUGCUGAUAGUGGCCAAGAAGAAAUCCGAUAUCAACAGAUUGAAAGCAGAAUUGAGUGGUGAAUUUGAGAUGAAAGAUUUGGGAGCGGCAAAGAAGAUUCUUGGUAUGGAGAUUGAGAGAGAUAGAUCUGCAGGUAAACUUUUCUUGACUCAAAGAUCUUUUGUUGAGAAAGUUCUGGAGCGUUUUGGAAUGAAGAACGCUAAACCUGUAAGUACUCCAUUAGCUACUCAUUUUAGAUUGUCUGCUGAUAUGUCACCACAGUCGGAUAGAGAUAUUGAGUAUAUGUCACAUGUUCCUUAUUCUAGUGCUGUUGGUAGUUUGAUGUAUGCUAUGGUGUGUACCCGUCCUGACAUUGCACAUGCUGUUAGUGUUGUGAGCCGGUAUAUGGCUAAUCCUGGCAAACAACACUGGCAAGCUGUCAAGUGGAUUCUAAGGUACUUGAGAGGCACUACUAACACUUGUUUAGAGUUUGGUGGAAGUAAGGAGGGUGUACGUGGAUAUGUUGAUGCAGAUUUUGCUAGGGACCUUGAUAGGAGGAGGUCCACUACUGGUUUUUGGUACUCCGUGAGGCAUUUGCCAGGAGUUCUUUCAUGUCAGAAACACUUCCAAGCUAAGCAUAACGAUAUCUUCCUCGUUAGCAAUCUGAAAUCAGGUACAACAUGGCUCAAAGCAAUUGCAUUCUCUCUACUCAACCGUGUCAACUAUCCAAACCUCGAAAGACACCCUUUGCUCAAAAACAACCCCCAUGUGCUUGUGCCUUUCUUGGACAUUGGUCUAUACCUUGAAAACCAACUCCCUGAUCUUACUUCCUUGGCAUCCCCAAGACUGUUUUCGACCCAUUUACCCUAUGUUUCGCUUCCUGAAUCUGUCAAGCUCUCUGCUUGUAAAAUUGUCUAUUUGUGUAGAAACCCAUAAGACACUUUCGUUUCGUUGUGGCAUUUCACAAAUAAGCUGAGACCAACAGGUUCGGGAACCAAUACACUUGAAGAGUCCUUCGAUAAGUUCUGUAGAGGGGUGAGUAUAUAUGGGCCAUUUUGGGACCAUUUGUUGGGAUAUUGGAAGGAGAGCUUGGAAAGGUCUGAAAACGUGCUUUUCAUGAAGUUUGAAGAAAUGAAAGAGGAGCCCAUUUUGCAGUUGAGAAGGUUAGCUGAGUUCAUUGGGUGCCCAUUUUCACCACAAGAGGAAGAAAAUGGUGUGGUGGAAGAUAUAUUGAGGUUGUGUAGUUUUGAAACUUUGAGCAUGGAGGUGAACAAGAACGGUAAAUUGUCAUCUGGGAUGGACAAUAAGGCGUACUUUCGGAGAGGUGAGGUGGGAGAUUGGAUGGAUCAUUUGACAGCUGAGAUGGCACAAGAACUAGACUCUAUCAUUCGACAGAAGUUGAAUGGUUCUGGAUUAAAAUUCUAGCUAUACCUAGGAUCCAAAAAAUUUUACCCACGUUUUACCAUUUGAGAGUGGAAAUAAAACUGCAUCAGGCAACAAAAGUUGCAUGCAUUUGGGUUCAAGUUAUGGUAAAUUGUACUACUUUCUCAUGUAAAUUUCUUUUUCUUUUUUUGUAAUAAAUUUUUUAUGCUAUAUUUGGUAGCAUAUUUAUAUCCUCUUUCAUAUCCUAAUUGAUAACAAAAAAUAAAUAAAUAAAUAAAUAAAAAAUUGAUAUUUGUAUUUGUAACUA